GAGGGAGACACGCAUGCGCAAAGUAGCACCACCACACCACAUUCCCCGCUUCUCGCAGGCAAACAUCUAGAAGCAAAGCCAAAUGAUUUAUGUGUUCUCCAUGAUCGCCUGAAUAAAAAAUACGCGAAUUUCUCGUUCCGAUCUUUACGAGGAGUAACAAUCUGACCGUGAAGCUGCAAUAAAUCCCUGAUCAGUAGAUGCUCAUUUCCUCAGCAUGGCGACAGAAGACAAGAAACCAGAGACGGACACCAAACCUCCAGUUGUUCCAUCAGCAUCUGCCAGUCAAAGCAAGUCUGCACCUGCCAAGCCAAACUACAGCCUGAAAUUCACAUUAGCGGGCCACACUAAAGCAGUCUCCUCCGUCAAAUUCAGUCCGAGCGGGGAAUGGCUCGCCAGCUCAUCUGCUGAUAAACUCAUCAAAAUCUGGGGGGCGUACGACGGCAAGUUUGAGAAAACCAUAUCUGGACACAAACUUGGUAUCUCUGACGUGGCCUGGUCCUCUGACUCCAACCUCCUGGUGUCUGCAUCGGAUGACAAAACCCUCAAGAUCUGGGACGUCAGCUCGGGGAAAUGCUUAAAAACUCUAAAAGGUCACAGCAACUACGUCUUCUGCUGCAACUUCAACCCCCAGUCCAAUCUCAUCGUGUCUGGAUCGUUCGACGAGAGCGUAAGGAUAUGGGAUGUGAAGACCGGGAAGUGUUUGAAAACAUUACCGGCUCAUUCUGACCCUGUCUCGGCUGUUCAUUUCAACAGAGACGGCUCCCUGAUCGUGUCCAGUAGCUACGACGGCCUUUGCCGGAUCUGGGACACAGCGUCGGGCCAGUGUUUAAAGACACUCAUAGAUGACGACAACCCUCCUGUGUCAUUUGUGAAGUUCUCCCCCAACGGGAAAUACAUCCUGGCUGCCACGCUGGACAACACGCUGAAGCUGUGGGACUACAGCAAAGGAAAGUGCUUGAAAACCUACACCGGCCACAAAAACGAGAAGUACUGCAUAUUCGCCAAUUUCUCCGUCACCGGUGGAAAGUGGAUCGUGUCCGGCUCCGAGGACAACAUGGUUUAUAUCUGGAACCUGCAGACGAAGGAGAUCGUGCAGAAACUCCAGGGCCACACAGACGUCGUCAUUUCGACCGCCUGCCACCCGACAGAGAACAUCAUUGCGUCGGCGGCUUUAGAAAAUGACAAAACCAUCAAGCUAUGGAGAAGCGACUGCUAAGCCUUUUUUUCUUUUUUUUUUUGGCCAUUGAUUUUUUUUUUUUUACUUUUUUUUUUUCUAUGUUUUGUUGUAAGAAAAGAGGACUUUUAUUCUAACAGAGAGCUCCUGUGGGACGCAGAGGGCUUUCAGGUAAUGAAAUUGAGCAAGGAGAAACCAAACGAGAGCCACGAGCCACAUACAGUACAUCAGCUCACACCAGAGGCCCCAUCUCACAUACUGUGUGUGUGUGUGUGUGUGUGUGUGUGUGUGUGUGUGUGUGUGUGUGUGUGUGUGUGUGUGUGUGUGUGUGUGUGUGUGUGUG